CGAUCCUGAGUCUCUUCAAGCCUCACUUGACUGAGCGCCAGAAGCUGGAGCUGGCCACCAUGCAGGAAGUUUGGUUCUUCACUCUGGACGGGGAAGGAAGCUCACGAGGGGGAGUGAAGAACGGAGAAUUUGACGACGACGACAACAACUACAUCCUUGUCCAGAACGAGCACUUCUACUACCGCUUCCAGCUGGACAGGAAGAUUGGGCAGGGUGGGCAGAGCGUGGUGGUGAGGUGUCUGGACCACAAGACUCGGACGAUGGUGGCUCUCAAGAUCCUCGCCUCGCCCUCCACCUCCAGGGAAGAAAAGCACCAGAGAACGGAGCUGCUAAUGUCCAUGGAGCUCCAGAGCGACCGUAGCAACGUGGACUACAACGUAGUCAGGGUCCUGGAGACUUUCUACUUUCGAGGCCACAAAUGCCUUGUCAUGGAGCUGUUGAAGGCGAAACUCCAUUGCGUGCUCAGACAGAUGACGCUGUGGCAAAGUCACGAGGAUGCGGUGAGGUCGUACACUAGGGCCAUCCUCCACUUCCUGGCCCACACCAAGUCCCGGGGCAUCGUACACGGUGACAUCAAGCCCAGCAACGUUCUGUUGGCGAACAUCGCGGAUGGCAUCGUCAGGGUCAGGAACUUCGCCUCAAGCUUCUUUGUGGAUGGCAAAACCUCGCACGUGGGAGGAACCCUCGCCUACGUGGCCCCCGAGGUGCUUCUCGGCUACCCGGCGACCUGCGCUGUGGACACAUGGUCGCUGGGCUGCACCGUCGCCAAGCUGGCCACCGACAGGGAACUCUUCCUCUCGUUCAGCCGCGACGACCACCUGGCAUGCUGCAUCGAGAUCCUGGGCAUGCCUCCAAAAGAAAUGGUGGAGAAAGCUCGCAAAAGAGCGGCAUACUUUGACGAGGCCGGACAGCCUCACUGCCCGGCCAGGAAACGACUCCCGGCAAGUGUCCCCCUGCAUUUGGUGCUGCGGGGAUGUGGAGCUCAGCUUGUGGCCUUCAUUAGCAGCUGCCUGCACGAGGCCACACCCGCCACCACCGAGGCCACCCCCACCACCAUCGAGGCCACCACCAUCACCAGCGAGGCCUUUGGAGCUGCGGAUCUACGAGCUGAGUCGGAGAAAAAGCCCCCAUCAUCAUCAUCCUUGUCAUCAUCGCUGGAUGAGGAUGAGACAGAGGAGGUGGAGGAGGAGGAGAACGAGGAUCAGACGGAGGAGGAGGAUGAGACAGAGGAAGAGGAGAAGAUGGAAGUGGAGGAGAAGACAGAAGACGAGGAGCAGAUGGAAGUGGACGAGAAGACAGAAGAGGAUGAGCAGAUGGAAGAGGAGGAGGUGCAACAGCAGCAGGAGAAGAAGAAGAAAAAGAAGCAAAGGGGUCUGGCCCAUAUGGGCAGGGCGCUCUCCUCGAUCUUCCGCCGCCUGCUGCUGUGUGGUGGGCAGCCCACGGCAGAGUAGCGGGGGGGUGGUGGUGGUGGUGG